AUCAGCUUCGAUAUUUAGUAAAUCGUAUACAACAAGCUAAAAAUCCAUAUAGACAAGGUAUUCUUGGAAUAGUACAUAAUUUCUCAAAAAAUAAAAAUGAAAUUCAUAAUUAUAUUCAACAAUUAAGCUUCUUUGAUGAUGAUCAUAUAAUGAUUCUUUGUAUGACUAAAGAACAAGCUAUUAAACUUUAUGAAACAAAAUAUUUUCAAAUAGAUUUAACUUAUAAAUCUAUACAAAGUAAAAUAAAUGUAUUUGAGCUUAAUAAAUAUGACGAAAAUCAUCAAAUAAAUUGGAUACAAUUUUAUAAUCAACCAUGGGUUCUUGCAAGUUUAAACCAACAUUGUUCCAAAAUCAAUACUGAAAUUUGGUGUAUAGUUGGUGAAACAACUAAUGUAGCUGAAUCAGCACAUGCUGACAUUAAUCGGGAUGGAAAAGAAUUAAGUUUAAUGAAUGCAAUUGAAAA